CGAGUCGUGCACUCUUCGGGGAGGAGCUCCACUGGCAGCAAAAAGGAGGAAAGAAUUUAACUGCGCAAAAAGUCCUGUGCGGUGACGGAUGUCCAAAGUUCAGAACUUUUUCAAUGUGCGUUUCAUAGAGACACAGAGAUGGGGACGGCUUAAACACUGCUGAGAUCCAGCACGCUGCACUGUUGUACAGACAUUUUUCCUGCCUUUUUUCCUCUUCAGAGAGCAGAGAGGGACUGUGAUUUGAGCGCACUCACAGGAGGGAGAAGUGGAGCUCUUCUGUCUGCGUUAUUUUGGAGCUUUAUUUUCGCCGGAUCAAAGUGAAGACAUGCAGGCUCGCUACUCCGUCUCCAGUCCCAACUCACUGGGCGUCGUGCCGUACAUCAGCAGCGACCCGAGUUACUACCGGGCCGCUGCCGGUGGGGGAUACACGGGGAUGCCCGCACCUAUGAACAUGUACUCUCAUGCGGCUCAUGACCAAUACCCAGCCAGUAUGGCCCGGGCGUAUGGACCGUACACCCCCCAACCUCAGCCCAAGGAUAUGGUCAAACCCCCCUAUAGCUACAUUGCGCUCAUCACUAUGGCUAUCCAAAACUCGCCUGACAAGAAGGUGACCCUGAAUGGGAUUUACCAAUUUAUCAUGGAGAGGUUUCCAUUUUACCGAGACAACAAGCAGGGCUGGCAGAACAGCAUCAGGCACAAUCUGUCGCUGAAUGAGUGUUUUGUCAAGGUGCCCCGUGAUGAUAAAAAGCCCGGUAAAGGCAGCUACUGGACCCUGGACCCGGACUCUUACAACAUGUUUGAAAACGGGAGCUUCUUGAGAAGGAGACGACGGUUCAAAAAGAAGGACGCGAUGAAAGAGAAAGAAGAGCGGCUGCAGAAGGAUUUGCCGCCGAGGCAGCAAGGCCGGGAGCAGGAGCAGCCGGUGCAGGGCUCCAAGCCCGUGAGGAUCCAGGAUAUUAAGACUGAGAACGGGACAGUCACGCCGCCGCAGGCCGACUCGCCCUCUCUGAGCGCCGUGCCCAAAAUCGAGAGCCCGGACAGCAGCAGCAUGUCCAGCGGGAGCCCUCACAGCAUCCCCUCCAACAGGUCCAUCGGCAUGGACAGCACCGAGCACCACCAGCACCACGGCCAGGCCUCGACGCAGGGCUUCAGCGUAGACAACAUCAUGACCUCCCUCCGGGGGUCUCCACAAGGAGCCACUGAGCUCACCUCCAGCCUCACCGCCUCCACCAGGACAGCCAUGAGCUUGUACGCCGGGGACAGAUCUAGCCACUUGGCACCGAGCACCACCGUGGACGAAACGUUGCCAGAUUACUCAGUCACUACCACCUCAUCCUCCAUGACCCACGGUAAUCUAAACUCUGGGCAGGAGGGCCACCAUCCCCACCAAGGGAGGCUGACCUCAUGGUACCUCAACCAGGCCGGAGACCUGGGCCAUCUGGGCGCAGCGUACCCAGCACAGCAGCAGAACUUCCAUUCAGUCCGAGAGAUGUUUGAAUCCCAAAGAAUUGGCUUGAAUAAUUCACCGGUGAAUGGGAAUAACAGCUGUCAGAUGUCAUUCCCACCGAGCCAACCCAUCUAUCGCACUUCGGGAGCUUUCGUGUAUGACUGCAGCAAGUUCUGACCAAACAAACAACAAAAAAAAUAGGCUCAAUAUUUUCCUCACGGUGUUUGAACUCUUCCAGUAAUUUCCCCUCUCUUCCCUCUCACCUGCCCACACCACAUGGACUAAUAUGAGACAGAAAACAAAACAGACUUGAUCUUGGUUUUUCUAAAGAACAGUGUUACUGCAAAUAACACGUAAGUCUCUCUUUGCUUUUGUGGCUUUAUGUUAUAUGUUAUGUCAGUUUUCAUGGACGUGUAAAUUGCAUAUAGUAAUUUAUUUCUAAAAAAAAAUGUAGCCGGAUAUUAUGGACCAAACACCAAAAAAGUGUUUCUAAAUUGAAUUGCCUUAAUUGUCCAAAAAACAAUUGUUCCAAUAUAAAAGUAAGACAAAGGAACGUGUAUAUCGCCGUACUAUUUCAAAGAUUCUUCAUUUGUUGAAAAGUAUUCUGAAGGAUUUGUUUGUUUGUUUAAUAAAUUUGUCAUUUUAUGUGAGUUAAAA